UUGUAGGUUGAGGACUUUUUUUUCCCCUUGCUGCUUUCAUGAUUCUUUCCCGAGUAUUUUGUGAAUUUGACUAUGAUAUGUCUUGUUGAUGGUUGGUUUUUGUUGAAUCCAAUGGGAGUCCUCUGUGCUUCCUGGAUUUUGAUGUCUGUAUCUUUCCCCAGGUUAGGAAAGUUUCCACUAUGAUUUUCUCACAUAACCCUUCUACCCCUUUUUCUCUCUCUUCAUCUUCUGGAACCUCUAUCAUUCUGAUGUUCCUCUUUAAUGAGUCAGUGAGUUCUCUAAUUCUUAAAUUGUGCUCUUUGCCUUAGUCUCCCUCUUUUUUUCUCCUUCAUUAUUCUCCAUAAGUUUGUCCUCUAUAUUGCUGACUCUCUGUUCUUCCUCAUCCAUCCUUGCCACCAUGGCAUCCAUUCGAGAUUGAAGUUCAGUUAUAGCAUUUUUUAUUUCAUCCUGACUAGCUUUUACUUCUUUUAUCUCCACAGAAAGGGAUUCUAAUCUAUUUUUGACUCCAGCUAGUAUUCUUAUUAUCGUGAUUCUUAUUAUCGUGAUUCUGGUUCAGACAUCUUGUUUGUAUCUGUGUUGGUUAAGUCCCUGGCUUUUGUGUCUUCCUGCUCAUUCUUUUGGGGCGAAUUCCUUAUUUUGUCAUUUUGAAGGGAGAAAAGGAAUUAAUGAGGUAAAGAAAUUAAAAUUAGAAAAAAAUUAAAAUUAAAAAAAAUUAAAAUUAAAAAAUUAAAAACAACACACACACAUAUACAGAAAAAUCAAAUAAAUGAUGUUAGAUCCUAGGUGUGUUUUGGUCUGGGUGUUGAAAGGGGUUUGAUAGAUUAGAGAAAAAAGGGGAAAGAAAAAAAAAGGAAAUUGUUUGAAAACUUGAAAAAAUGAGUACACUGAAAUAGAAUAAAAUGAAAUGAUGGAAGUAAAAUAGAAUUUGAAAAACAUUUACACAAAAGUAAAAAAUAUAGUAGAAAAAAAUUAAAGAUUUUUAAUAAGUUGAAAAUAAAAAUAAUUUUUUCUUUUUCUGUAUUCAAGUAAAAGAAAAGAAAUGAAAAAGAAAAAAAAGAAAAAGAAAGAAAAUUGAAUAGAUGGACCAAUGAACAGACUGAAAUAUGAAUGAAAUCACUUCGUUUUCCCUUAGAAGUCAAACUAUGAAGCAUUUUAUAGUCUGUAAACUAAGCCGGCAGAGAGACUUGUGGUCCUGGAGAACGAUGUUGGCCCAGUUGAGCGGGGCUUAGUGUAAUGGCUCCGUUCUCCACUAGAUGGCGCUGCUUAGCUUACUGGGGUGGAUGGUUGUGGCGCUUGUAGUUGUGUUUGCGCAUGUGCGGGAGCCGCGAGAAUGGCGUCACCCAGCAACCCUCUCUACUAUUGGAACGCUCUUCUCCCGGAUCAGCCAUGGCAAACCCGUUGUUUGUCUUUGGCUUCCAUCCGCCUCCCGCUUUUACACAGUCUGUGACCAAGCUCCAGGCAGCACCUCCCACCUGAGUUUUAUCUCAGAUGCGGCUGUGUUUCCCGACCUCUUACUUCUGAGGGACCGCGGCUCUGACCUGCUCCGCCCUUCUGCGGGAGGGUCUCACCGAGCAGUGGCCGGGUGCGGGCCGCGUUCAGGAACGUUCACGGACGUGCUGCUGCCGAUGCCGAGACUAUGGCCCGGGGCCAGCGCGUCCCAGAGAAAGUUCGCACCAUCUUGUGGCAGGAGCGUUUCAGGGACUAUGGCAAAUCACAACACACAUCUGGCACCAGGCUUCACCCCCGAUGACCCUGUUCUAGCACCAGUGAAUGUGGUUGUUCUUCCGGGUCUGCCAGGGUCUUGCCUUUGGGGGACCCCACAGCCUCUACCAGAUGUCCUCCCAGCAGGGGAACCAACUCUCCCAUGUGGCCCAAAGAACCCCGGACUCCGCUCUGCUCCUGGGGAUUCGUCCUUCUCACCAGAGCACCUCCAGGAACCAAGUGAAUUCUAGUGGCAAGAAGAGAAGAGGAAUGAAGUCAUCAGUAUCUUACUGCUGGGAGCAGCAGGUUAUGAACCCCCUGUCUGCAAUGUGUCAAGUGCACUGUGAGGCCCCAUGACCGUCUCAACCCCAUCCUGCAGACCAGGUGAGCUCUUCAGGACUCCUCUGGAAGGCAGUCACUGGCCCAGAGUCAUUGCUUCAGGAGGAGGGCUCUCCCUGGAAAAGCUGAUCUGCAUUUCUGCUGGGAUCGAUGCCGUGGAGACUGCAUACUUUGGUAAGUAGUGAAGCGGCUAGUUUUGUCUCAGCUGACAAUAAUUAUGGAUUUGGGUGCCCAGAGCAAGAACGAACAAAUGGUCUGGAGAAAAAUCAGCAGUGAAACUGUACAUUUGGGGGGCGGGUACGUAACAUCUAAAUCAGCAAAGAGAAAGUGCUACAGAGCAAAGGCUCAGGAGUCUAGGAGAAUAUGGGGAAGGCUCCAGAGACUUUAACGUACAGAUUUCCCCAAAUCCCUUCAUUCUAUACGUAAACUUCUUCUAGGAGACCAUGUUGAAUUAUUCUCUGUCCUUCCUUUCUCCCUGGCCCUGUGCUCUCUGCUUCUGGGUUCUAUUGAUGUUCCCAGGCCCAUUUCUGCCUUCCCUGCCCCUCAAUGGUGCCUGCUGUGUAUUCCAGAAGCCCCUUGUCGGAGCAUGUUGAGGGUGGCCAGAAUCUGUUGUGCGUGCGUGUUUGUUGUUGUUUUUUCUUUAAUUUAAUGAUCAGCAGCUCCUUUAUGAAGUUUGAUUUCUCUUAUGGGCUAAACAAAAGCACAAACGUUAAGAGACAUUGAAAGUUGGGGCGCCUGGGUGGCUCAGUCGGUUGGGUGUCCGACCUCGGCUCAGGUCGUGAUCUCACGGCUCUGUGAGUUCAAGCCCCACAUCGGGCUCUGUGCUGACACCUCAGAGCCUGGAGCCUGCUGCAGAUUCUGUGUCUCUUUCUCUCUCUGCCCCUGCCCCGCUUGCUCUCUCUCUCUCUCUCUCUCUC